ACAAAAGAUACGUGCAGCCUCCACGUACAAAAUCCUUCGCACCGGAGCGAUUAUACAAAGUACCGUCGACGCAAUUUGAAGAUAGGACGACGUAUCACUUGUCUUAUCAAAAUGUGGAUCGUGCAGCGGCGCGUUGUGCACGACUACAACCAAUUCGUCCCACCCACACUUUUCAAAAAAGUACAGGCAAAUUUUUUGAUGAAACGACAAACAAAUUAUCAUAUCAACCCAUAUGGCAAACCGUAAAAGCAGAACCUAUCGUACCGAAAUGUAGACCGCUGAGUACAGGCAUGAUAGAAACUAUGACGACAGUUCGUCACGAUUACAUGGCGAAACACGUGGAAAGGCCAGAGAUGAUUAUACCCUGUGGAAAUAUUCGCACAAGUUCGGCUCCGUUGGACGACAGAACGAUGGCAAGAUUGUCUUACGUUUCUCCAGGUCCUAUUGAACCUGUAAUCAGUUUCAAACCGAUAUUAAAGUACCGUCCAUCGAGCCAGCCGCUUCCCAAAGAGACGACGCAAAAACUGAGCUACCAGCCUUUUAUAGUCGUCAAGAAAGAGUUGCAUCCUUGGGCACAGAAACCGAUGUACAAGUCACCGGACAUCGCCAUGUGCGGCAAAACUACUUAUUCUGAAAGCUAUAUGGAGAACGAUGCGGUUUCCGUGGAGAAGCCUUUUCUUCCUGUCGUAACAUACGUACUUCCUUAUGGCGCGCAAUUUGCAGAUAAAACUAUCUACAAAGAGAGCUAUCUACCGGGUGACGCGGAGCGCGUCGUGCCGAUUGUUCCAUCCGGCAAUAUCUCUAUCCCCGACGUAAAGAUGACCGCCGAUACGACUAGCAAGUUGAGUUAUCAACCAGUCUGGACCGAGAAACGAAAACCAUUUGUACCGAGCAUUAAGACCAAGUUGGCAACAGCUAAAAUGCAAUCGGAAACGACGACCCGUUGCGAAUACGUAGCAAAAACGUCGAUGCGUCCGGACCUUAUCGUCCCCUCCGACAAUAUCCGCACUGUCGACGUACCGUUGGAGGGAGACACGACGACUGGAUUAUCUUACGUAAAACCUGAUGUGAUAAAACCUGUCCGCAGCUACAAGCCCGUUACGCAAUAUUACAGGCCGGAAAUUAAGAUCGACAGCGAGACGAUAAAUAAAUUAUCGUACCAAACGUGGACGCCGCAACCUAAAGAGGAACUUCCGUGGGCUCGAAGGAGCAAAUAUCGAGCUCCGGAAUAUUCGAUGGCCAGCGACACGGUCUAUCACAUGAGUUAUCCCGUACCAGGUCAUUAUGUCGAAGACGAUUCGUGCAGGGAGUGUCCUUGCCCGGUCGAACACAAACAGGAUAAUGUUUCGUCUGUUUUAACAGCAGCGUCUUAAAUGCGCUUUAAUUUGGAUCGAAUAACGUCUGCAUGCCGAAAAUAAAUUCCAAUCUACUUUCAUAUUAUUUUUAACUCGCAGAGUGAUCAACGUUCUAUUUUUGGAACAGAAACGUCUUUAUGAAUAAAAUUUUUUUAAAGAAACAAUCACACAUCUUUUAAAUCUUACAAUAUUUAUUUUGAGUACAUUAAAGUUUUUUUUUCAAUGAAGCUAAUAAUUAUAUAUACUAAACAAAAACAUGGGAUUGCGCUAAUUACAUUUAUGGCAUCUGAUAAAUUAAUAACGUAGAUAAAAUCAAGAAUGUUGAAUUUACAUCUUACUUCACGAGAUUUCGGAUACGUCGAGCAAAUCGUGUGAAAUCGCUAUUCUAAAUAUAGCUGUAACAAUAAACAGCUGGGUUACUGGAUAGCUUUAUGGUAGCUGACUAUCAAGUAAAAGACUCACAUUCAAUUUUUCUUCAUUGCCAUUCUAUUUGUGUUAUAACAAAUUUUAGUGAGAAAAUAUUAUUCUACUGUAAUAGAAACAUCCAAAAGUCUUAAAUUUAAAUGAAACGAAUCAUUGUCAAGGUUGGGCAAUAAAAUAACAACCUUAAAUAACUUUGUAUUCAAUAACUUUUAACAUAACUCACAAUUAAUUUCAAAUAAAUUAAUUUUUAACUUCAAUCAGUUAUUUUUAAAACAUUUUAACUUGUUAACUUUUUUCUUGCGUUAAAAAUUUCUUGUUUUGUAAUCGAUAAAUAAUAUAUAUGCAUUAUAAUUAUAUAAUGUACAUGUAUAAUUCGCAAAAUUUAAGUAAAUAAUUGAUCUUUAUAUAAAUUUUAAUAUUUAAAUUGCUACAUUUUAUAAUAUAAUUUGACAUUUAUGCUUUUAAAAAAAGUAUUUCUUUUUAUUUUAGAAGAGGAAAAUUAGAUCAAAUAAUCUUGCACUGAUAAAAAAUGUGUAUAAAAAUUUGCUUACCUCGGCAUUGAAUUUUACAAGUCAGUUGUACUAACAAGAAAAAUGUUUUAACGUUGAAAGAACUUAUAAACAUGGCACUUUAAUCAAUCUUGCGUAUACGUUCGACUGGAUUUAUUUUCCUGUUCACACAUAAACUAAUCUUUAUUUGAUGUGAUAAGUCUCUGUUAGAGAUUUGCAAGCAGAACCCAAGUAAAGAAAUCUUCAAUCUGUUCUAGUAAAUCAUAAUUUAAUACAUUCUUACUUUCAAGAAAGUUAUAUGUCGAAGGUGAACACUUUGUGAAUUUACAUAAAAAUAUCUUUAAUGUUUAAAUUUAUUUUCUAAAUAUUAUUUAUUAUUUGUAAACAUAAUAGUUUACAUUAUCAAAGCGGCCAUGCUCGACUCGUGAUGUUAUAGAAUAAUUUCCCAAUAUAUGUAAAAGAAAAAAUGCAUUCCUAUAUAAAAAACCAAUAUUUUUGUAUUUUAAAUUUGUAUAAAUUUAAUUUACAAAUAAAGUAUUAAAUUUAACUUUAA